AGAGCGUUUACUUUGUUCCUUCCCCAACACACCUCUCUCUCCCUCCAUUCCGUCUCCUGGCAUUGCCCCUUCCUGUCCUGUUUGUUUAAAUUCCAGUGUGUGGGACGUGUGUGCACCGCUCGGCAUCCAUCUCAUAACCAUGUUUUUCCUGACUCCAGUCUUGGUAGCAGUUGUCUGCAUUUUGAUUGUGUGGAUCUUUAAAAAUGCUGACAGAAGCAUCGAGAGAAGGAACGGGGAGCCUAGAGCCAGGGCUGAGGCUCGACCCUGGGUGGAUGAGGACUUAAAGGACAGCACAGAACUCCACCAAGUGGAAGAAGACGAGGAUGAAUGCCAAGAGUCAGAGGAAAACGUUGAACACAUCCCAUUCUCCCACACCCGGUAUCCUGAGAAGGAAAUGGUUAAGAGAUCUCAGGAAUUUUAUGAACUUCUCAAUAAGAGACGGUCUGUGAGGUUCAUAAGUGAUGAGGAAGUCCCAAUGGAAGUCAUUGAUAAUGUCAUCAAGGCAGCAGGAACAGCCCCGAGCGGGGCCCACACAGAACCCUGGACAUUUGUGGUGGUGAAGGACCCAGACAUGAAGCACAAGAUUCGGGAGAUCAUCGAAGAAGAAGAGGAAAUAAACUACAUGAAAAGGAUGGGACACCGAUGGGUUACAGACCUGAAGAAAUUGAGAACCAAUUGGAUUAAAGAAUACUUGGACACAGCUCCUGUUUUGAUUCUCAUUUUCAAACAAAUAUAUGGUUUUGCUGCAAAUGGCAAAAGGAAGGUCCACUACUACAAUGAGAUCAGCGUUUCCAUCUCCUGUGGCAUCCUCCUGGCUGCCCUGCACAAUGCAGGACUGGUGACGGUCACUACCACUCCUCUUAACUGUGGCCCCCGUCUGAGGGUGCUCCUGCACCGCCCCACAAAUGAAAAGCUGCUGGUGCUGCUCCCCGUGGGGUACCCCAGCAAAGAGGCCAUGGUGCCUGACCUAAAACGGAAACCUCUGGAUCAGAUCAUGGUGACGGUGUAGGCAGCAAAGCAGCAGGAAGAUGCUGGAAGACCAUACCCCUGCUCCCCACUCCUGUUCCUCUUGGAUCCACGGGCUGCUCUUCUUCUGGCGGUUAGUUGUCCCCUGCACUCCAUUUCACAGGGGUGGCCACUCUGUAUGUCAAGAAACUUACCACAUUCUCCGGCACUUUGAGUCUGAGAUACCUGCUUCUGGCAGACAGUUGUAACUAGGUGAACAUACAGAAUAAGAGAUCAACAGGUGCGUUCUCUUCCAUUUCUCAUCCACUGGAGAACUACAUUAAAAUUUUACUAAGAAUGUGCUUCGGUUUUUAAGUUAUUUAAAUUGUUCCAGAAAAAUCGCUGGUGAUUUUUUUCUUUUGCUUUUAAAAGAUUCAUAUAGAGAAAAGAGUCAUCAGAAAAUUGAAUGUAGUCCCAGGAAUUCAGCUUUGUGAUGAUUUUUGAAUUUAAACUUAGACCAAUCAGAUGGCCUUCUGCCCGUGAAUUUCUGGUGGUUUUUAGGCAAAGGAUGUGCUUUUGAAAGAUACUCUUUUACUGAACUUCAUGGAUAUUCUGCCAGUUUUGAAUAAGUAACCAUGGAAAUAAUUAAAAUGUCAUACUCACAGAGCACAACAGUGCAUGCUUAAGUAGAUGGGUUGAAUUGGCAACCAUCUGAACAUAUAAAUGGUUACUCUCCAGUGGUAUGUUUUAGCUGGCUCACCCCAGCUCGUGGCAGCUGACUCUUAAAUAUUCAGGAAUUUUGUGAGCCAGUUAUUAAACCAUUUGCAGAUUGAAAUUACCUGUGGUGGGGGUGUUUACACUACCGAAAUUGGCAGACACUGCAUAUCACGGCUUGUUUUCUUUUCCUUAAAGAGAACUCUUUUCCAUCCUCAGCAUUAACCGUGUCUCCUUUGUUUUCUGCUCUCCCCAACAAAACACACUUAUCCUGUCUCUCCAGAUGGCAGAUGAGCUCUUCAGGUCACAAGGUGCUAGAAUGAGAAUGCUAGACCUAGUCUUUCACCUGUCACAUUUUGUCUUCCCUUCCUGGGGGACUUUACACACAGGCACACUCAUAGCUCAAACCAUUGUCCAUCAAUUCUGCUCAAGCAACUCUACUCACCUCUUUGUCCCCUUCCACUUUCUCUUUUCUCAUCUGUUUUUCUUUAAUACUUAGUUCCCUCAAGAAAACCUCUCCUGCCUCCUUUCAUUCCAUUUAUGAGUCACACGAUUGCAAGAAAAGCCCUUGUGUCACUGAUGUGUCAGAGCUGGUGACAUAUCUGUUUCAGAGAAAAGGAAGACUUUUUUUUGACACUACAUGUUAAAUAUCACAAAGACCUCUGCCCUCAACUUCCGGAGUUCUUUGAAAUACCUAGAAGUCUCUUUUAGAAUCUUCAAAAUCUUCCAUCUAUAUCUUAUUUUUCUCUAAACACGCUUUUCCCCGAGUAUAUACUUUUUUUUU